GUCACAGCCAGGCAGGCUUAAUGAUAACGCGCGUAGCCCGAUCCUAUUCACUUACUUGGAAGUAAGCCCUGUUACUCGGAAGCAGCCAUGGCUGUUCCCCAGGACUUCCAAACAUUUGUCUUCCUGGAUAUUGAAACAACCGGCUUGCCCCAUGACCGGCCUCGCAUGGCUGAACUCUGUCUCUUUGCUGUGCACCGCCAUUCACUGCAACCCUCUCUGCUGGGGUGGUCAAAUGCCCCCCGGCUACCCCGAAUCAUAGACAAGCUCACCCUCUGUAUUGAUCCCAAGAAGCCCUUCACCCUUGAAGCAGGGGAGAUCACCGGACUGAGCAAUCAGAACUUGAUGGAGAACUGCAAGCCAGAUUUCAACAGCGCUUUGGUGGAGGCCCUAAGGGGUUUUCUGCAGCGGCAAGCUGGCCCAAUCUGUUUGGUGGCCCACAAUGGCCUCGGCUUUGACUUUCCCCUGCUUCGUGCAGAACUGUGGCAAGUGGAGACCGACCUGCCCCCAAGCACCGGUUGCCUGGACACACUGCCAGCCUUGAAGGAGCUAGAAAGAUCUGCCAGCAUGAGCUACCGGCUUGGGGCUCUCUACCGACAUUUCUACGGACGGGAACCUACUGGAGGCCACUCAGCUGAAGGAGAUGUGCUCACUCUUCUCCUAGUGUUCCUUGCCAAAGCCCCUGAGCUAAUGACGUGGGCAGCUCUUAAUGCGCACAAGUGGGGAGAGAUCCGGCCUAUGUACUCCCUCAGUCUAAACAGAAGAAGGGACUAAUACUCAAAAGAAAAGAAGAAAUGGCUUCUUAUGCAAAAUCAAACCUUGAAGUGUCUUCCUGCACAGGGCUACUUCUUGUGCUGACUCUUCUCAGAAGGUUAGUGCGAUGCAUAGCUAGGAGCAGUGGUUCCCCAACAUUUUUUUUCCAUGGAUCACUUGAAAAUUGCUGAGGCUCUUGGUGGAUUACUUAGUUUUCUGCCUGUUGUAGCAAUUGUAAUGUGCUGUACUAAAUGCUAUAUAAUUUUUAAUUAUAUUUUUAUUGCUUUUUAUAUUGUAUUUUGUUGAGCUUGUUGCAUUCCAUAGAAUUCAGAUUGUAAUACAAUAUAAGAAAUAAAAGCAGCAAUAUAAAUACAGUUAAAAAUCAGUAUGAAUAUUUCGUGCAGACGUGCCACAGACCACCACUUGAAUGAAGUUCACGGAGCACUGAUGGUACAUGUACCACAGUUAGAGAACCUCUGAUGUGAGUGUUGGUUUGGAAUUGUGGGACCCAAGUUCACAUCUGUGCCAUUAACCUCUCUGGGUAGCUUUGGGCAAGUUUCUAGCUCUCAUCACUGAUGGGCACAAACUACUUAAAAAGAAGUUAAACUGCCACUAUCUAAAAAUAGUUUUAGCUACAUUUAGUAGGUAAUUAAAGCUACUGUCUUAACUUCUUGAAGGGGUUAAGAGGUUGUAUUCAACAGUAAGUCAUAAUUUGAAUGGAUUCACUGAAAUUGAUGGACACAACUAACUUGGAUCCAUUAAUUUCAGUGGGUUUAUUCUGUGUAGAACUGAGUUGGAUUCAACUCAAGGUGUUUCAGUUACUUUUUAAAUAACUACUCCACCUCCCCAGGUUGAAACACAUAUAUUUAAGGUGGAGGUUGGUUGCUAGGUCAAUAGGGUUGAAAAUUCUCUUGGAUAUAUGGAGGAAGUGUCUGGGUUGUGCUGAGAAAUGCAACAUAUUUUUUCCUGGAUACCCGAGUCUUGUGUAGUCUGAGCAGGUUUGUAAACAAGAAACUUCAUUGCAAGUGCAACUGCUCUCUUUACUGAGCCAGGCUGAACUGCUACAAUAUUCUGAGUGGAGCAAUCCCCCUUAAGAAAUGCUGCACAUUUAGCAUGCUCCUACCCAGUAGGUAUGUAGUUAUGGAAGUAGGAUUUGCCACACUCUUUGCUGGUAACAUCAGCCGUGCCUGUCUUCUUAGUGACUUUAAUAUUUUUGUUGGUAUUUAUAAGUAAUGAAUUGUUUAAAUAUUAGUCUUUCUAGAGGAUGAUGGUAAUUAUUGUUAUUAAACUACAAUAAUAAGCAAUCAAAAUGUAAUUUAACUAUAUAGUUUGGAUUCUGCUCAGAAAGGAAUUGUAAUUACCAUUCAGUUACAUUCAGCUUAACUAGCAGUUUAAUUACUUUUAGUUAAGUAUUCAUCACUGCUUUUCUGCCUAACCUACUUAAUCACGGGAUUGUUGUGAGACUAAAUACGCUAAAGAUAAUUUGGUAGUAUUAUUAUCAAUCACGCUUCCCUGUUUCAGACAGAAAGGUUUUCUCCAAACACAUGUGUUAAAGCGUUUGGCCCUCCAGAUGUUGCUGAACUCCAGAACUUCCAUCAGCCCCGCCCAGCAUGGCCAACAGGGCUGUUGGGAAUUUGUAGUCCAGUUCUCAACCCCUGGUCUAAGGGCAUUUUGAUGCAGCAACUUGCUAAAGUAAGCUAGUCUGGGUCUGAUCAGGGCCUGGGUAGGAGAGUUCUUGGGAACCCCAUGGAUGGUACCAGGAGCAUUCUGAGUAUGGAAUCAUAUCCAUACUUAUAUGGGAUUAAGGCCCAUUGAACUAAAUUAACCUUACUUCUGAGUAGAUAUGCAUUGGAUUGCACUGUUGAGGAGAUGAAGGAUGUACAUGUAAUAAAGAAAAUGAAUGAAUAAGAACAAUUUAUCCAAACUUGCAUGUUGGGUAAUAUACUUGUAUUGUCAACACAAGGAUUUCUAUUUGCACAAUGGAACAUUCUCUCUGUGGGCCCCACACCCUCCCCACAUCUGAUCUGGAGGGUUGGGGGAACCCCUAGAACUGAUUUAGGGGGUGCAUGGGGAGACAAAGGAAGAAUGUUCAGUUGUGCAAGCAGAAAUCUUUGUGCUGAUGGAAUGUUUGCCUUAGUGCUAUGUUGGAUUCCAUCCCUAAUUUUUUAGAUAAGGUACAACCUUCUCAUGUGUCUGUUUUCUGAAGUCAAAAGCCUAUUGAUAUUAAAUUUGGUGAAAAGGUGGAGAUAAUUAAUUUUGAAACAUGUAUGUGACUGCUUGUUUUUCUAUACUAAAAAACAUUUUGAGGUUUUUGGAUUAUCCCUUUUACCUACAGAAAGACUAUACAUGCCAAGGAUUUUUUCUUCUGAGGGUGUCUGGAAGUAGGAUAUAAUGUAGGUGUCUCAUCGUUAAUCAUUGUAUAAAGCAGCUAUUUAAGCAUUAUGAUUAAUUAAAACAUUCAGAACAUACCAAAUUACAUAUGAAUUGCCAUAAUGAACUUAUCUCCUGACUAAUAGCAUUUUAGAGUGUUAAUUCCCCCAAUAUGUUGCUAACCCUGCUCCUCUGCAAGGUAGUCUAUUAUUAUCACCAAAUUGCAGAGUGAGGGUGGGGCUGAGAAUAGAGACUGCAGUCCUGUACUCAUCAUUGACAUGCAUAGCAUUGCCCUGUCAGUAAAUUCAUAGCUGAGGCAAGAUUUGAACUGGGGACUUGCUUAAUUCACAGCGUAGUCUGUAAGCCCCUAUGCUCUCACCAUUUCUACCAGCUGCCUUCCAUGUCUUGCUGUUCUCAAUAUUUGCUGUUCAGGAGAAUACUGGCUCUGAACAUGGAAGUCACGCUUUUGGCUGUCGUGGUAAUUAUGCUUUGAUUGGCCUAAUUGGUAAACUAAUGCUUUUUAAAAAGCCACUUGUGUUGCUGACUAUUGCAACAUCUUGUGGUAGUGAUUUUCAUAAGUAAUUGUGGCAUCAUGCUAGGAUAUGCUUCCUGUUGUUUAUCUUGUUCUCCUGUUGUAUUUCAUUUGGGUUUCUUGUGUAUGUCUCUGAUUUAUUAAGAGUUCUCUUCUGUUAGAAUGUCCAAUAAAAACUCUUUUAAAAAUUGGCCUGGUUAGUCUUCUGUUUGCACAGUCAUGGGCCAAGGCCAGAGGCAUAGGGUGCCCAGAGGCAUAGGGUGCAACAUUUAGUUGGUUAAUCAGUUAAAUUGAAAUAGUGCCCCUGAUCAAAUGGGCAGCAGAUUUUUAAAUUAACAAUUUUUAAUACAAGAACUGCAACAACUACAGGUGGCAGAUGCCAACUUAGAAAAGAGGUGCUUCCCCUUCUGUCACAUAAUCAUUAAGGCAGUGUGGUGCCCUCCAGGUUUCUGAACUACAACUCCCAUCAGUACCAGUCAGCAUAGCCAAUGGGCAGGAAUGGUGGGACAUACAGUAAAAAACACAAAAUUUGGAGGGCCACAGGUUCCCCACUCUUAUGUCCUACACCAUCCUAAGUCAAUACAGUGACAGUUACCAGACAGUUACCACUUUGUCAUCCCUGAAUUUCCAGAUUAAAAAAGUGGGGAUCUUUGAGACCUCAGGCCUGUGACAUUUUCAUCUGUACAGGCAACAAGAUUUGUGUUUAAAGAAAUUAAAUUCUCAGUAUUGUGUUACCAAGACAAAAUGAUCAAAGGUGUUGGUAUAGUGCAGAGGCUAGAGUGUUGGAAUAGGCCAGGGGGGCCCUGGGUUCAAAACCUCAUUCAGCCAGGAAACUCAGUAAUGCUGGGCCAAUCACAGUCUUUGCACAAUCUACCUCACGGGCUUAUGAGGACAAAAUGGGAAAAGGAAGAGAAGCAUUUACAUCAUCCUGAGGUCCUUGGUGGCUGAGUAGGAUUUUUAAAAUGACAUCUGUACAUGCCUGUUUUUUAGCCUAUGAAGUCAGGCUGGAAGAGUGAUUUUUUUACUUCCUACUUUCAGGAAACCCUUUCCACAGGGCUGGCUCUAUCAUUAGGCAGAGUGAGAUGACUACCUCAGACAGCUGAUUUUUGGUGUUAUGAAAGGAAAAUGCAUUAAGUCAUUUAGUUGUUGUAUUUUUACUGCCAGGGAGGGGUGGGGAAAAGUGCCUGUGGUGUCAGAUUUUCUGCCUCUGGUGCCAAAAUAAAGUUGACUGGCUUGGGUACAACUGGGGGAGGGGGAAUUUGCUAUUCUACAUCAGGCAGCAAAAUCCCUUAGCCACCCUGUGCAUGUACCCAAAUGUUGAAAAAACUUGCAUGUUGGCAAGGACCUGAGUGAGUUGUGCUGUCAUUCUGGAAGCAUACAGAAUACAUAUUUUAUGCAGGAUGCUGCCACACCUAUUGGAUCUCAUUGUGCUCAUUAACUGAAUCAUGGCGGUGGUAACAGCAGCUGCCUCCACCUGCGCCGUCCUCCACAGAAGGCACUACUGACGGGGCAGCACGAAAAUGGGUCGGGAGAGACCGGAGGACAACAGAGUUUGGUCUCUUACCCCGGAUGAGUGGUUCUCCAUCUCGGCAGAGCAGUUGCCUCUUGUUUGUCACCAAGGCAGUCUUGCCCAUGAGGGAAGCCGGCGGAGGGGUGCCUGAGGGCUGACUUAUCCUUGGCUGCUGCAGCCAUGACGCCACUCUUCAGGGAGCUUUUUCCUUGCAGAGAGGGGGGACGCGAGGGAGACCGGUCUGCAGGUAUGCCAUCCCCAGCAUGUGGGGGGAGACGGUGGUGGCAGUGGUGGCUCUCGGUCUGCUCCCUAUGUUCAUCUUCAUUGCCUACUACCCCAGCAUGACCGAGGAGCCUUCCUUGCUCAGCAGACUCUCCUGGAGGCGUGCAGGUGCUGUUGGUCACUCAACACUGCUGCUUGAGAUCAGACCACCAGGGAAGAGCUACGGUGGGCGGUUGGCGGAGACUGGUGGAGUUUAAAAGGACUUUUUGUUACUAGAACGAGACUGUGAAUAAUAUCAUGGGUGGGGUGGUCCUAGUAGGUAAGUUGAAGUUGAAAUUGUGUUACUUCUGCUUUUGCUAUAUUGACUAGUUGUGUAAUAGGAUUGUUACAAUGUGUAGGAUGUAAUUAGGAUUGUCACAAUGUGUUAUGUUAUAUUUAGUAUUGGUAUGGUUUGUGUUGCUGUUAUAUCUGCCAUUUGUUAGUUUCAUUAUUGUUGUAUUCUGUCUGAAAUUGUUUUUGCCAUUGUUUGACUUGCUGCAAGCGAUUUCAUAUGCAGUGUGUUUUUGUUUUCCUUUUUGUACGUCGCUUUGAGCCCUAUUUUUGGAAAAAAGC